AUGGACAAGGACGCGCAUAUUUCUGAAGCACACGGGAGGAAUAAGGAGGAGACCACCGAUUUACCAAAACAAACUACUCCAAUGAUCAAUCCGAAUCAACCACCGGCCAAACCGAUGAGCAGCGCCGAAGAUCAUAAGCCCGCCGAUCCACCGUCGGCAGCGGCGUUGGACGACCAGGAUGAAGACCAGCUGGUCGACGAGGACGCGGCCAUCGUGGAGCUGGUGACGGAGCUGAAGGAGGAAGGCACGACGCUCUUCCGGCGGCGCGACUACGACGGCGCCGCCUUCAUGUUCGACGAGGCGAUCCGCCUCUCGCCGCGCUGCGCCGCCGCCCGGCCUUCUUCGUCGGCGCGGCCGCAGUCGUCCCGCAACCAGCCGCUGGACGACGAGAUCGCGUCCCUCCACAGCAACGUGGCGGCGUGCUACAUGCACAUGGGCACCGGCCAACCCGACGACGAGGACCGCCAUUACCGGCAGGCCAUCGAGCGCUGCAACAUGGCCCUGGAGGCCUCCCCGCGGUACGCCAAGGCGCUCCUCAAGCGGGCCCGCUGCUACGAGGCCCUGGACCGCCUCGACCUGGCCUGCGCCGACGUGAGGACCGUGCUGGGCCUUGAGCCCAACAACGUGGUCGCCCUCGAGCUCAAGGACAACCUCAGGGAGGAGAUGGAGGAGAAGAAGCUCUUGCUCGAACAGGAGGCCCGGUCGCUCGAUGACCUCAUCGGCCUCAUCUCUGCCGCCUCCGAAGACGGCGACGGCCGCAGCAGCAAGACGAAUGAGCAGCCCGCCGGUGCGAAUUAUGGCCUCCUCCAGGACACGCAAGAAAUCCACGAUGACAAGCAUACUAGCUACGACACCAAUGGCGGCGAAGGAGCACACUCCAGCUUGUCGGAGGAGGAACAUGCCGGUGAAAUUGAUCAGCUGGAUAUUAAGGAAGAAGAAGGAGCAGGCACGGAUGGCGACGGCGACACCCUAGAGAAGGAGCAUGCCGGUGAAAUUGAUCAGCUGGAUAUUAAGGAAGAAGAAGGAGCAGGCACGGACGGCGACACCCUAGAGAAGGAGCAUGCUGGCAUUCCUCGCUUAUGA